AAAUAGCCAAGCUGUCUUGUUUCGCCGCACCUCUUUGAGCCUUGCCAUCUCGCGGAGAGAUGACUGAGGGAACCUGCUCGAGGGCGGCUCUUGUUUUAUAUAGGGGGUGUCUUGACAGCUGCAAGACGUGCGCCGUCGCGACAUGGUCCGUGGGAAACUUCUGAAGUUUUACGAGGUCUGAGGAAUUUCCCCGAAGUCGUGGAUGCGUCCCCUUCUUCUCAAAGACAUUCAGAAAUGUAGGGAAUUUCAAACUGGGCCAAAACGCCCUCCUGAACGCGAGAAUUUCGCUCGCAGCGUCCUCCUCACCCGGCUAGCCCCCGCUGUUGUUGCCGAUCGACGCGCCUCAAAAAGCAGAUCAGUUCCUCUAUGGCAGAAGUCUCUCCAAGCCCAACAUGAGACCGUUCGUCAGCUAGGGCGUUCACGUCGCUACACGCCUCACCGGCAUCUCGCUGUCGUCUUUCUCGCGUUUUUUUCUCUCGUUUUCCCACUCGCUGUUCAUUUCUUCGCUACUGUGCAGUCGUCCAUGUGGAUCUCACCGUCUCGUUCCGUUUCAGCCUCUGCCGUUUCUCUCUGUAAUGGCUUGCAUGCGUCCUUCCGCACAUCUUGCCUCUCUUCCCCUCUCAAGGCUUUUCAAAGCGCCUCUGUCCCGCGAAGUAAAAGGUUCCUCGCGGUGCGCCCGCUUCUCAAGCGUCCUCGGCCGCGCGUUCCUCGUUUGCAUGUCGCUUCUUCUCCAUUUCUGUCUCUCUCUCUCCUCCACGUUCAGCGUCAUCUCCCCCACUGUCUCCCAUUCGCUCUCUCUCCUCGCUUUUUCAAAGUCCACCUUCUUUCUGUUUGUCCCUUCGUGUCGAGCGUCGCACCUGUACAUACACCAAAAAAACCGAGCGCCCGCAGAUGCGUGACCCCUCUACGCUCUUUCCCCGGUCUGCCGUUUGUUUCUCGCUCUUUCGUUCAAGAUUGAGCGUGAGCAAGAGAGAGUUCCAGACGUCGAUUUGUCGCGGCCAAGGAAACUUUCUCUGGAAGAGUCUCGAGAGUUCGAGAAAUCGAGAAACGGAUGCCUCCCCAGUGUAAGAGAUGGAUAGCGCGUCUCCGCAAGAAGUUUCCCACCUCCUGUUCUUCUCGCUUCUUUCGCAUUCCUUCACUGUCUGUACAGAGCCCCUUCGCCUCCCUAUCUGCAGCGGUUCUUUGACUUGUAUCGCCUGCCGUGACUCAGUAGGAAAAAGCAGGGCGAUCCGCGAUUCACACACCACAAUUGCCGCAUGAAUGAACAAUGUCUCUUUGUUUCGGUGUGCGCCUUUCUGCCUGUCUUCUUUUCUUCGUCUCUCUUCUUCGGCUUAGAUGGUUCUCUCUGCAUCCUGGCUGCCAGCUUUCUUUUCUUCUCUCCUGUGGAGGCGAGAGCCUCUCCGACUCUGGCCCUUUCCCUCGCGCUUCCCAGACGAGGCACAAGCGUCGAGCGGCGGGUGAGGGUGAAGGAUUCAUGGAUCUGCAGACACUUGCCGCAGACGCAAGAGAAGUUGUCUUCGACAGAAAUGAGGCUCUUAAUUGGGGGCGGCGGUUGUCAAGAUUUCGGCUUCCGCGAGGAGGACGCCAGCUUUUGUCUACACGUGAAGACUCGACAGCGAAGACGACUCACCGCAGAACUUGGAUCGAAAGAUCCCUUCCUUUUGCCUUUUCUGCAGAGCGAGAAAUCGGGGAAUUCGCGGCCGAAAACGGCGUCAGGAGGGUGGAGAAAGGAGGCAGGCCACAGAGAGGAAUCCACACGCUGCCCCGACAGAGACAGACCGACGGAGGCGAGAAAGAAACUCCGCCAACGACUGAGGACGCUCGCGUCGCCUCUCCCCCUGCUGUACUCUCAGCUGCUUUUCAGGUGGCAGAGAGGUUACGAGACACUCGCACUGCCAACUGGCCUUCAGACAGUUCGAAAAUGAGGUCCCCGCCAAGAGUUUUCGCUGCCGAGAAACAAGAGCAGGGAGCACACUCGCCGCUUGAAAGGGAACUAGGUGAGCGGCUGAGUCUCCCUCUCAGCGUUUCGACAACUUGGCAAGUUCCAUCGGUCUCAGGCUUCUCCUUUCUAGCAUACACAAAUAGGCAGGCGCCUCCGACGCGAAUCCGCUCGAGUCAGGAACUGCGGAGCGUUGGUCGGAAGCUCGGUUCCUCUGGCGACACCCACUUGCCGCCGAACGAGAAGGCGCCGCCUUCAAGUUUUCGACGUCUCUGGGGAGACGGUAGCCGAGAGCGAGAAGCGCUUUUCCCUCUGGACGGAGGUCCCAGUCGGCCGACGAGAGUUUCAAUCCCUGUCGGUCUGAGAGCCAAUCCAAAUCCCUCAGCUGGACAGAAGGAGGAGAAACAGCAGCCACGGUCUUUGUCUGCGUCUUCUGUUCGUAGCGACGUGGAAAGGCUGCCGUCGGGAGAAACCUCUUUUUCUGGGGUGCAAGUCAGCGGCAACGCUCUCGCGUUAGCUGCAGGCCUUGGAGGAGUGAUUCUAGGUUCGUCUCUCGGCAACGGUUAUCCUCUCGCCGGAGUGAACUAUCCUUUUCCGUACUACAACCUCGGGUAUCCGCGAGAAGACUGCGCGAUUCAGGGCGAGUAUCCGGGAGCAUGCACCCUCACAACUCUGCAGCUCAUUCUGAUAAUCAUGGCCGUUCUCUUCUGCCUCGCACUGUGCGGCAUUGCGAUCUGCUGCUGGGUCACGCAAGACGAGAGUGGAAGUUCCCGCCGCAGAUACAGAUUUACGCGUUUUGCGAGACCGUGAAAAACAAGUUUCGUCCUUUCAAAAGAACGGGUGCUCUUACCUCGCUCUACAGGUUUCUGCUUUUUUCCAGGUUCAAGGACGUCCUGGCCAUUUGAGUGCCCGAGCAUCCUCCAAAAAAAACGCCAGCGAGUGCUGUACACAUUUCCCGUCUCAUCCCGUCUGUCUCUCUGAAAGGGGCUGCAGUCAAUGAUACCCAACGCUGUAUGUGCACUUACACAUGAACGAAUACAUACAUAUAUAUAUAUAUAUAUAUAUACAUAUAUAUAUGUAUAUGUAUAUUUGUAUGUGUAUAUAUAGAGCAUAUAUAAGACUGCGUAAAUUGAGCUGUACGUAGAUGCAUCCAUGAAUGCCUGUAUCUUGAUGUUUAACUGCGUGCACAGGGGCGGCCUUGCCCGUCUCGUAGGCAGUUCUUAAGGGAGACUUUUCUGUCAAGUCUUUUGAGGUCGAUGCUUCGCUUUCUGUUUUCUUUUGGCGCGUUGCUCGAGCUCCUGUGGAAAAAACGAGCUUGCUGAUCAGUGAGAGAAGGCACUUUUGGACUGUGUGGCGUCUUUUUCUUCGGUGGUUGGGGGCUUGCCCGAGGGAGACAGGCAACGCGAUCGGAUGCAAACUCUCCCUCUUGACGUAGGUCACAGUCUCUCGAGUUUUCCUCGUGCGUUUUUCUCCGUGGCACCUGUUGCGCGCUCAUUGGCGGCAGAAGCCCAGCGAAGGCGGUCUUCCCUGUGUUUCUGAGAAAGUCCUCUUUUUCAAAGUGCUGCGCGGCUUCAACGUGUGUCAACGUGAACUGGAGGGAGGCCCACAGACUGCAUAUAGCGAGACUCUACUGGACUGGGCGAGUCAAGCAGAUUCAAGAAGAUCUGAUUUGUUGGGCUUUCUCCAUCGCGCUCAGUGCGCAGUCCCGCCCAGGGUGUAGGCACGCGUAGAUUCGUACCUCCAUACACAUGCAGAUGCAGCUCUCUUCGAAGCGCAAAGAGAGUCUCGACAUGUACAGUUUUUAUUUACGAAAAGGGAGACUGCAAGCAAGGUUACAGAGUCCGAGUUUCUCGUGGAGAAACACGGUUUAGAACGGAGAGCACAGACUUGCUGAGC